CAUCAGCUUUAUUAGUUUUCAUAGUUCAUCCAUCAAAUUGAAGUUGAACCCUAGCUAACGCGCGAGCGUACGUGAAUAAUAGAUGAUGGAUCUAAUUUGCCGUUGCGUCGAAAUUUUUCAAGUUGUUCUUUGUUGUGGAAGCGGGAAGGAGGAUGGAGCAGAAACCGGAUGGGGUCAGCAUUACAGUUACUCUCAAGUUAUAAAUGAUUAUGGUUCCUUGUCAGAGGGGAGAGUCACCUCCGAUCCAAGUACUAAACUUCCUUUCACAACCCAACCAAAUGAGAAUAGGCUGCGACGGCAAUGCGGCUUUCAGGCAGAAUUAGAAAUAGAGAAGAAGCAAAAAGCUUUGGCUGAGUUUCCAGCUUCUUUCUCUUCCACCAAACUUUCUUCUUCUUCUUCAUCAUUGUCGUCUGCGAAACCGCCACCUGCCUUUUCACAGAAGCUGCUAAGUCAGGUUUCUCAACACCCUUAUUCAUCCUUGACUUCUUCUUCUUCUUCUUCUUCUUCUUCACACAAGGACAAGGUGGUAACUCAAGUUUCUCCAAACCGGCCAAGAGAUUUCCUUUCUUCCUCAUCUAUUUCACACAAGCAAAGUGAAGUUUCGAUAAAGCCAAGAGAUUUCCUUUCUUCCUCUUCUGUUAAUACAACUUCAUCAUCACCAUCUCCUGUUCCAAAAAAGCCUGACUUUUCCACCAAACCUACCUUAUUUAAGGAUUCAACAAAUCAUAAUGCAAAAACUAAAUACCAUUGGGUUGAUGGGGCUGCAUCACCUACAUUUUCAACUCCUGAUGAUAUAAAAGGACUAAUUGAGAAGGAUAUUGUGCCACGAGUUCUCAACAACCCUUUGUCUAUCUCAACUUACAAGGAUUACUUCCGUGCCUUACUGUAUGCUGAGGACUGCUAUCUGGAGAAAUGGGAUCAUUUUGAAAUGAAGAAUGUCACCUUGGAGUUGCACUAUGCAGCAACUUACAAAAGAAGUAGACUCAACAGCUUAGAUGAGGAUGAUAAAAAAGAUGAAAAGACAUUUGUAGCAUUUGAGAUUGACAAAGUUCCAGAGAAAAGGCCUUUCCUGUUAUCUAGGGAUUUCGUCUCACUGCGUCGACCAUCAAAGAAGAAUUUCCUGCUCUUUGAGGGCCUUGUCUACCGUGUGGUGAAAAGCAAUCUAUUACUAGCAGAAUUUGGAGAAGACUUUCACUCUCAGCAUUGUCCAGACUACAAAUAUGAAGUCAAGUUCUCAUUCAACAGAGUUUGUUUGAAACGUGCUCACCAGGCAAUUGAGUCCGCAUCAGGUCCCUUGUUCAGGAACUUCCUAUUCCCUGAAUUCCUUCCAGAAAAUAGACUUCUCUCCAAGCAUUUCUUUGCUUAUAACACACUUGACUCAGAGCAAUCCUCUGCCCUUGAUAAGAUUUUGAGACUCCAGGCUUCACCUCCUUACCUUGUGAAGGGACCAAUAUCUGUUACAGAAAAUCUGAUUGUUGCAGCAGUAGUGGAACUUUGCCGAGCAUCUCCGCUGAACCGGGUUCUUUUGUGUGCACCUUCAAACAAAACAUGUGACUUAAUCAUGAGAGCACUCAAGAAGCAGGUUCCUGAGCAUGACAUGUUUCGGGCCAAUGCAGCAUUCCGAGAACGGGAUGGAGUGCCUCUAGACAUCCUUCCUUCUUGCCUAUAUGAAGAUAAAACAGAGUGUUUUUCUUGUCCUUUGCUGAACGAACUCUGUAGAUAUAAGGUAAUUUUAUCCACUUUUAUGAGUAGCUACCGACUGCACAAUGUGGGAAUAAAGGCUGGGCAUUUCAGUCAUAUCUUUUUAGUGGAUGCCUCAUCUGCCACUGAACCGGAGACACUAGUCCCAUUGGCUAACUUUGCCACGGAGGGGACAGUAACUUUAGUCACCGGUGAACCAAGAAAUCAUUCAGGCUGGGUAAGGUCCCCUAUGGCACGGAAGUUUGGUUUGGCACGUUCUUACUUUGAGAGACUCUGUGGUAGCAAGCUAUAUAUGAGCCUUGAUCCAAAUGCCAUUACAGUUCUGAGAGAUGAGUAUCAAAGUUGUUAAGGUGAUGCAUGACAUUUAUAUUUGAUGAUGAAGCCAAGCGAGCUCUUUGUUUUGUUACGUUAAGACUCAGUAUUUCCUUCUUGUAUAAGUCUGUCUGUCUCUAUUGCAUGGUUAUAUGCCAAUUCUGUGUACGUACGUGGUUGCAGUGAAUAUAACAUAUGAGUUAUCACUGAUUGAUUAA